UCGCUUCCCUUAGUCACUCGGCGAAAAAGUUUUUUACUUGGGAGACCAAACUGCGGAAUGAAAAUGGUCUGUUCCAAAAGAUGACACAAGGAGAUGUUUGUGGCUAAGGCAUGAACAUGGUGUCCCCGUGGACCGGCAGGCACACACUGGGGAGGAAUGUGCCUUUAACGCGCCUGCAGAGUGACGCUGACCUCAGGGAAAUAUAUAAAUUUGGAAGAAAAUUGGGUCAAGGUAGCUUUGGAGUUGUUUAUGAAGCCACCCACAUUGAGACACAGACAAAAUGGGCUAUUAAGGAGGUUUGCAGACCAGUGGCAGGCAGUUCGAAAGUAAAGAUGCUGGGGCACGAAAUAAACAUUCUCAAACAAGUGAAUCAUGCUCACAUAAUACAUCUCCACGAAGUCUACGAGACGGCUAAGAUGAUUUAUUUGGUUACUGAGCUGUGCGUCGGAGGUGAACUGAAGCAGCUGCUGCAGCGGAAAAAGUUCUUUACAGAGGACGAGACGAGGCAUAUCAUCUAUAGCUUAGCUGACGCCGUUGUCUACCUUCACAAAAGGGACAUAGUGCACAGAGACUUGAAACUUGAGAACAUUCUUCUGAAAAAUUCUCUCGAGGAGGAUGAUAAUGGCAGGAUUAAUAUCAAGGUGACAGACUUUGGAUUAUCAGUGCAGACAGGUGGUGUAGGGAUUGAGAACAUAAUGACGGAGGCCUGUGGGACCCUUACCUAUAUGGCACCUGAAAUGAUGAGCGGUCGUGGUUACAGCCAGUGGUGUGAUGUGUGGAGCAUAGGAGUCGUUAUGUAUAUGUUGCUGUGUGGGGAGCCUCCGUUUGUGUCUACAACAAGGACAAACCUGCUUGAGGAGAUUAUGAACAAUGGAGUCACAUUUACACAAUCCACCUGGGCCACAGUCAGUGAUGCAGCAAAAAUUGUAUUGACUUGCCUUCUGAAGGUGGACCCUGCCUACCGCAUGUCUGCUAAUCAACUAUUAGAAAACCCAUGGAUCAAAGGUGACAAUACUGUGUCUGUACCGUCCAAUGUGCUGGAGAUGAUGCAUAACCACCACGAGCAGGAAGAGAGAACAAAGACUCUGGAGGACGUGUCCCUCACCUCUUCUGAUGACACACUGGACCCAUCCCUGGUCCCUGGGGCAGCUUCAACAGAAACAGACAGCAACUGCAGGAUCCAUGCUAAGCUCAGCCACGAGAGAGACAGCAGCUUUUGCACACCGGCCACAUCGACCAAACGGACCCACCAUAAGGAGAGUGGUGGCACCCUCCUGCAGGACAAGCGCAAAAGCAGCUCUGAAACUCUAGGGCCGCCUCAACCCACCACCACACAGUCUCAUGCCAGUGUGAAACCCUGUACACAGCCAAGUGCAAAGCAGCGUAGGCCUCGGGACAAGAAAGACGUCGGUACAGGACAGAAACCAGCCUCUGACAUCAGUAAGGCAGUCGACCAGAGACCAUCUACCUCCAGUAAAAGUAGGACUGGCCCCCGCAAACCACCAGCCAGCUCUAAGACCAAUGCCCCUUCAGAAUAAAACAAAAAAACGAGCCAUAUCACUUGAGAAAGAGUGAGCGAUAACACACAAGUCGGUGAACAAAAGACAGUAAAAAGAGAGAAAAACUAGAGGUGGACUUUAUUUGAUAUAAUUCUGUUAUUUAGCAUUGAUGUGAAUGAAACUACUGUGAAUGGUGAGACUUAGUAGUAACAGCAGUAUCACAUGAAUGGGCCUCAUAUGCAGGUGUGAAAAUACAUGAAGUCUAAGAACCCUGCAGCUGAGGGUCUAGCCUCAGCAGUGCCUCAUGCCAAAGGAAAAAGCCCCCGGUCUGAGGGGUUCCCCGGAUGGGGCAAACCUGCUCGUCAAAUACAUACUGUUACACAGCCAACUGAGAACGUCCAGCAGCCCAAAUACAGACCUUUUUUUUAUAGUGGCCAGCAAACGGAGAUUGAAUUUGUUUGUCAGAUAUUAGAGGUGGCAUCUGAUUCAAGGGUUUUCCUUAUAAAGCAGCGACCUAGAGUUUAGUUGAGAAAAGAGAGAUUCGCAGGAGAUUUGAGCACAGCUCAUCCCUUAAUGAAACUGUUAAUAAGUAAUUUACUUACUACCUAGCUGCAUCUCCUGUCAUCUUUAAGGUCAUCUCUAUAUUUAUAUACUGCACACUGUGAAUGUAUGCCUUUUCCAUACAGAAAGUAAUAUUCACUUGAAAAUAAUCAAAUCUAUUAUGUAGAAAGCGAAUGUUAAUUUAAUACUUUUGGAGAAAGUAAUUAUUUGCUAGAGGUGAACAGGGAUGUAAUAAUCAGGCCAGAGAAAAAAUACAUAUUUGUAAAAAAAAAAUUGAUUCCCACAAAAGUAGAAAGUGGAAUUUGACAGGAAUGUGUGAUUACGUCUUGAAGCUCUUUAAAUCAGUGAUACUAGUAGUGUGUAUAUAUUUUUAAUACUUAAAAUGUGCCAAAUAUCAUAAAACAUAACUGUUGCACAACAAUUUUGUAUAGUUUAUUUUCAAUAAAAUUACAAAAUAGUUUUAUUGUUUUGUAAUUCCAUGCUAAAUAGCCGAGAAUACUCAUAUAAAGAACGGGAGACUUUACUGGAUCUCAUUUCACAACACCAAAGUUAGCAUUAGGGAUUUUCUUUUUUCUGUUCUGACCUCUUAAUUCCAAAACGCCCUAUAUGCAGUGACUGCACCCACUCAGUGUCAAAACAGAAAGACUGUCACACAGGCUGGUUACGCUCCAUCUGAAUGCAGAGGAUUGGGACUGAGGGCAGCCACGGGUCUAAUCUCGUUUGGAGGCCAUUGAAAGCAGUAGGAGCUACUUUGAGGGCACUGCCAUUCAAGCACAGGUUUUUCCGCUGUAGAGAGAAUAAUCCCCAGCAUAGAUACAACAUUAAAGUAGCCAAGCAUAACACACAGAGGCUGAAUUUCAAAUCCACCCAUUUGCAUCUUGAAGUGAAUGAGUGCCAACAAUGGGGCUCCGUGUUCAUGCACAAGCUCUGUGUUUUAGUGUGCAUGUGUAAAUGUAGUGUGCAUUUGUCUAAGGUAUUUCUACAUUUCAGGGAAGAGCUAAUUGUAUUAAAAGUGUGCACAGAGUAUGUUAACCUUUAUCAAAUUCUGUCCAGGCAGACAUAUUGAUCUCGGGUGAUUAUUAUUUUUUUUAACUUAGUGAGUAGAUGUGCACAACACUGUCUUGUGUUGGAGUUAUUUGUAAUUCAACAGAGUUUACGAGAAUGAACAAAUGGCACGUGAAUUAUCUUUGAUUCAAGCUGCUUGCCAAAAAGACUGCAACAUUAUUGACAUACCGUAUGCCUUUGGUUUACUAAGACUGGUAUAAACAGCAGAUGGAGCUGUAGUAAGUUGCUGAAUUCAUUUCCUGGAGUUAAUCUGACAGGAGAGUGCUAUCCCUAAAGCUUACCACCUAGUUUUGUGCAUGAAGAUGUGUAAUUAGAAUUGAUUGCUUGAGUCACUGCCCAUUAAAACUGUGAUGUCCAUGUAACAUGUCACUAAUUAAUAUGUUGUAUGGUUAUGUUUCGAUGGUCCUUUCAAACAAAGACAUGCUUUUUUUUGGGUGCUGUCUCUUUCACAAAAUGUGAUUUGGUGGUAGAUAAUUUAAGAAAUAAAAAA